AAGAUGGCACCCCGUUUGAGCCCAGCCAAAAGCAUUGUUACCCUCAUUCCCGAACCGUGCCUGAGAGUCUCCUGGGGUUCCUGGCUUAGUAUCGCACCAUGGCUCCUACAUGAAGUCCACACAGCAUCUUUAAGCUGAUCUUAACACUUGCGACACAACACUACCCUCUCCCAGGGGUAGCGUAAACUAAGACUCGGCCUUUCCCUCCUGCCAGGAAGACAAUCCCCACAAGCUCUGGCAAAGGAAAGAAACUUCGCGCGAAAAGCUGACUCAAACCGCUGAACCUUCUGGGAAUUGUAGUCCACCCUCAAAAGAGUGGCACGGUGGACGGACCAACGUCCGGUUCUGAGCCCGGGCCUGACCGAGCCCAGGGGACCUCUGGGAGCGCUGCCCACCGAAGGAGUGCGCAGGCGCCGACUCUCCGGCUCGCCAUGGUGGUCUUUGUCUGCUGGCCUGCUUCCUUGUACAUCCGCAGGAGCUGCAAAACCUCUAACAGCUCUAAGGGCUCUGCCGGAAUUCUGGGAUGCUGCUUUGUUCCCCAACCAUAACAUCCACGUCCAGUGUCAUAUUUCAGUUCGCAAGUUUAAAGUCAGCACUUAAAACAAGAACAGCAAUGGAUGAUUGAGAAAGAAAUGUAAAGAAGGUACUCUUUAUGUGAGUAAGCGAGAACCUGGCAGAAGAAGCCUGGGAAGUUUAUAAAGAGAUAAAGACGCAACAUGAAAGACUUGUAAGUUAAGUCUCAUCUUUUUCUGAAAAUACAGACUGAGGAAAAAUUUAGGAAACGUAUUUCCUCUGAACACAGUCUUUGAUUAUUCAAGACUACCCUUCUGUGUAUGGGACUCAGUUUAAAAGAGUUUGAAACAUAACUUAUACACAAUUUAUACUUAAAUAUGAGAGAAGUUCUAUAAGAACCAUCAAGAAUAUAAAGAGAUGUUCUAUUUUAUCCCUUUUUGUAAUCAUCUCAUCUCAGGGUAAUCAAUGUGAGAAAAAUCUUUAUUCAUAAAUUUAACUUUGUUAGAUACCUGAGAAUUAAUAUCAAAAACACACCAUAUGAAUUUAGUGAAUGUGGGAAAACUUUCAUCCUUAUUACAUCUUAUUUGGUACUAGGGAAAUCUGAUUAAAUUCACAUUCAUGAAAGGAAUGUUGGAAAGUCUUCAGCAUGAAUCAGAUCUCCUUCAGCAUGAUCAAAUUCAUAGUGGAGAGAAACCUUAUGAAUGUAAUGAAUGUAGAAAAACCUUUAGCCUGAAGCAAAACUUCCUAGAACAUAAGAAAAUGCAUACUGGAGAGAAAUCUCAUGAAUGCACUGAAUGUGGUAAAGUGUUCUCUCGAGUCUCAUCCCUUACCCUGCACCUCAGAAGUCACACAGGGAAGAAAGCAUAUAAAUGUAAUAAAUGUGGAAAAGCCUUCAGCCAGAAGGAAAACUUCCUUUCUCAUCAGAAACAUCAUACUGGAGAGAAACCUUAUGAAUGUGGAAAAGUUUCUAUUCAGAUGCCAACCCUCAUCAGACACCAGAAAAAUCAUACAGGAACCAAACCCUAUGCAUGUAAGGAAUGUGGCAAAGCGUUUAACAGCAGAGCGUAUCUCACUGAGCAUGAGAAAAUUCAUACUGGAGAAAAACCAUUUGAAUGUAAUCAGUGUGGAAGAGCCUUCAGCCAGAAGCAAUACCUCAUUAAACAUCAGAACAUCCACACUGGAAAGAAGCCCUUUAAGUGUAGUGAGUGUGGAAAAGCUUUUAGCCAGAAGGAAAACCUUAUUAUACAUCAGAGAAUCCAUACCGGAGAGAAACCUUAUGAAUGUAAAGGGUGUGGGAAAGCUUUCAUUCAGAAGUCAAGCCUCAUUAGACACCAGAGAAGCCACACAGGAGAGAAACCUUAUACAUGUAAGGAAUGUGGGAAAGCCUUCAGUGGCAAAUCAAAUCUCACUGAGCAUGAGAAAAUUCAUAUUGGAGAGAAACCCUACAAAUGUAAUGAAUGUGGAACAAUCUUCAGGCAGAAGCAAUACCUCAUUAAACAUCACAAUAUUCAUACAGGAGAGAAACCCUAUGAAUGUAAUAAAUGUGGAAAAGCCUUCUCUCGAAUCACAUCACUUAUUGUACAUGUAAGAAUUCAUACGGGUGAUAAGCCUUAUGAGUGUAAGGUCUGUGGGAAAGCCUUCUGUCAAAGCUCAUCUCUUACUGUGCAUAUGAGAAGCCAUACAGGUGAGAAACCCUACGGUUGUAAUGAAUGUGGGAAAGCCUUUUCUCAGUUCUCAACUCUUGCUCUGCAUAUGAGAAUCCAUACUGGCGAAAAACCUUAUCAGUGUAGUGAAUGUGGGAAAGCUUUCAGCCAAAAGUCACAUCACAUUAGACACCAGAGAAUUCAUACCCAUUAAAGUUCUCUAUGAAUGCCUUGGAUUUAGCAAAACGUUCAGCAGAUUUUACACUGAAUAGUGUAUUGGAAAAUUCAUUUUACAUUAAAGUGACAUGAAUGUGGGAAGUCCAGCAGCAAUUCAAAACUUAAAUACUGUGAUGUCUAUUAAGUAUUAUAAAGAAAACCUGUACCCCCAAAACUCCCACAACAAGCAUUAUUGAUGCUCUACUUCUAGGAGUAUUCUCAUUGAAGUUAGAUUUAGUCAUGUACACUACUUACUGUGUUCCUGGAAGGCCUACCAGAUGCAUUAAGAAAUAGAUAUGAGACCGGGCAUGGUGGCUCA